AUGGCCUUGCAUGCUUCUCCCAUAGCUACCAUGUCGGGAGGAGAGCUGCGAGCCUACAAGAAGUUCAACGCUGACGAGUCAUCAACCAUGCCCGGACGCCUUGGUGUAAAAGAGACCCUGCAGAGCAUUUACGCACACCUGGUGGGACAAGGCGGUGAACAGGCCAAGAUCUUCCAAUUCUGUACACCCACAUCAUACUUCGGCAUACUUUACGUCGAUUCGGUUCGUAUGGAUGUCUCAAACCAGUCCCUUCUCGCCGAUGCCGCAUUCAUUCCCUGCCACGCGAGCGCAGACAUGGCGCCACUUGUUGUCUUGCUUCAAGCUCGCCGCGACAAGAUUAUUUGCAUCAAGAUGAAGGAGGACGAGAUCAUCUUCUGGAAGCACAUCCUACCAGGGUUUUCCGAGCGAUGCCGACAGUGGCAGCACAAGCCAACAUGCGAGUACAAGGUCGCAGGAUGCAUCCCCAUCUCAACUGACCCCGACAAGCGCUACAUGUGCACAUGCGGCUACAACGUCUUCCCCACAAACUACCUCAAAGAUCUCAAACAAUCCAAAGAUCUCCUCAAACACGCUGUUCGUGUCGCAGUCCCAGUCAUCUUCGCUUCGCCCAUCAACACCGAUAAUCCUGCUUCUCUACCGUCGCCCUCACCUCCUGCGAAGCCGCCAGCAAAGCCUCCAGUAAAGCCUCAAGCUCAAGCACCUGUGGAUAAACCCGAACCUCGUUUGGUAGACCUUAGUGCGAAGGAAGGCAAGUGUUGGGAGUGCAGUGCUAAGCGCCACGAGAAUGGUGGGGUUUUAGAUAGAUGCGGUGGAUGUAAAAUGGCUCGCUACUGUUCCGACGGUUGUCAGAAGAAAGAUUGGAAGAAGGGCCACAGGCAGUUGUGCCCCCAGUUGAAAGAAGACUAA